AUGACUGAAUGUGCUCUAUUAGAAACAGCUGCGGAUUAUUUGAAAGAAAUCUACAAUAUUAUAACAAUUCAUUCUUCCAUUAAUAUUCAAUAUGGUACAUGUCGAGCAAAAGAUAUUUUUGAUAAAAUUAAGAUUGAAUUAGAUAAACUAAAAAUUGACAAUAAACGUUUAUCUCGUGCGAUUGACACUGUUGCUCAAGAGAAUACAAAUCGAGAUCUAUUUGAAAUGUUUGAAGAAGCAACUCAUUUUGAUAAUGAGAAAUUUGAUGAUGGGGCUUUAUUAAUCUCACAAAGGUUAGACGCAGCUUUGACAAGUAUGAUGAUGAAAGAUUAUGAAAAAGCAAGAGAAUCAUUUGGUGCAUUACUACAUACUAUUCAAGAUUUUUACAGUCAUUCGAAUUGGAUUGAAAUUGGCCAUCGUGUACCAAACAAAGGCAUUGGAAAGUAUGAAAUUUUAGGUAGAUAUGCUUCGAAAGAAAUGCGAACAUGUAUUGAUUGUGUUGGAGAUGCAUGUCGUACCAAUAUUGUUUCAGAUAUUAUUACGGAAAAUAUUCUCACUAGUGGUUAUUUUGGAUUAAGAGUAUUCGGUGAACUUUUUGAUGAAAAUACAAAACCAAUUGGAAAAUGUAGUCAUGGUGGUGUAACGGAUUAUACUGUUGAGACGGAUGCUAGAGGAGGUGGUAUUAAUAAAGAUACAUCAAGAUCUGAUCAUGGUCAUUUACAUACAUUAGCAGCAUCUGUUGCUUAUAAUGCAACAAAACAGAUAUUAAGUGAAUUUUGGACAAUGAUUGGAAAUGAACCAUUCGGACAUUUUCUUGGUUUAGCAACUAGUCUACAAAAUUUCUCUUCGAAUAGUUUAGUUAUUGUUAUGGAUGAUACUGGUAGUAUGGCAUCAUAUAUUGAAAUGGCUAAACAAAUUGCUAUUGGUAUCGUUGAUAUUCAUAAGAAUCUAGAUUAUCCACCAAUUAACUAUAUUCUUUCGCCCUUCAAUGAUCCUACAUGGGGACCGUUAACAAUCAGUAAAGCUCCAGAAGCAUUUGUAUUAGAAAUUAGCAAACUUAAUGCUCAUGAUGGUGGCGAUGGACCCGAACUAUAUUAUCAUGGAAUUGUUGAUGCAUUAAAAGCAUGCGAAAUCGGAUCAGCUUUAUAUGCUUUCACCGAUGCUCCAGCAAAAGAUGCUUAUUUAAAAAGUCAAGCUGUACAACUAGCAAAGGAAAAACGUGUGAUAAUUACUUUAUUUUAUGCUAAUCCAAGAGCUCAACAAUUACAAAAACAGAGUGGCCGUGCAUUGAUGAAUACUACUGAUGUAAUCGAAUAUUUAGAUAUUAUUGAUGGUACUGAUUUACCAUCCGUAACUGGUGGUGUUAUGAUGGGUAUUAAUGAUCAAGCACUCAAUGCUACCAGUGAAUAUAUCAUUCAAAAUCUCGAAGCUGAUAAAAUGGCAACAGUUAUUUUUGCUAAAGGAUUAAAUAUGAAUAUUAAAUUUCAUGUUGAUUUAUCGAUUAAGUCUCUGAAGAUUGAAAUAACAUCGUCCAAUUUUCUAUCACCUAGUAACUUUCGUUUGAUUAAACCAUCAGGUGUAGCAAUUAUGCCAUCACCAACAUCUCAAACAUCUUAUAUUCUCUUAUAUACAAUACCAGUUGGAACAGCUGAAAGCGGAGAAUGGACACUUAUUUCUUCUAUGCAUGUUGAUCAUACUAUUCAAGUGAAUGCAAUUAGUCAAACAAUAUGUUCAUCUGCAAUACAAAAAGAAAUAAUUGACUCUUCAUCAAACGUCAGUUUUACGCCAUUAAUUAAUCAACCAAUAAAAGAAGAAACAGAUUUAUUCAUAUUAACAAUUUGCGAAAAUCUUCCGUCUGAAUUAAAAACAGGUUAUGUAAAUCUUAUAGAUGCCAACAAUGGAUCAAAAAUAUUACAGACAUUGACACCAAUUCAAAUUUCAUCCACAGGCUUUUUAUCACGAUUAACUGUGCCCGAUGUGAAUUUUCGUCUCAGUACAGUGGUUCAAUUACAAGAUGGUACAACAGUUCAACGAGGAAAAAAAGAAAUUAUAUCUCCAACAUCGAUUUCAUUAAGUAUUGAUGAUCAACCUUAUUUUGUCCUUCUUAAUAAUACAUUAUUGAUGAAUUACACACUUUAUAAUCACGGUCAAACUCCACUAACUAUUACCUUACGUGUAAUUGAUACUAUGGGCCUUCUAUCAACAGAUGGGUUUGUAAAAGCGUAUAGUCUAGCCGCAAAAAGUAAUGUAAGCGAUACAAUUGCAAUGGGCGCAAUAAACAUUCCUGAUAUGAAUUCAAAUUCUACUGUAAUUACCAAUCCUGUUGUGUUUAGUAUUGCUGCACUUGAUUACAAAUAUGAUCAAAAUGCACCGGUAUAUAUAAAGCGAGACGAUGUUCAUCUUACAAAUCAAACUGAUUAUCAAAAACCAACAGUUACACCAUCACCAUUAGAUAACUUUGCCAUGUCUGUAGGACCAUUAAUGAUACAUUUCAUUUUAUACAUGUUGACCUUCUUUGUGAUGCUUCAUUAA